ACUCCAUUCACGAGUCAGGAAUAAAUAAAAUUGAAUUAUCGACAAUUCUUAAAUCUCAAUGAUCGUUUUCUUGCUUUAAUAUUUCCUUACUUUGUAAUUUAUCUCUUGAACUUUGAUUGUAUGAACUAAGCCACAAAAUUGACACUUCCAAAAGGACAUUUUCGGACGAAUAUUAAACAAACAUCGUGAAUUCGACUCGGGCGUCGACCGGUUCAUCCCUCCUACCCGUAAUAACCGUUGCUGUUCUGUCAGUCACUGGCAUCGCUAUCGUCAAUUCGUCAUUCAUUUUGUGCGUACGAUCGUCGUGUCCAGUCACGACUAACGCGUGGUAAAAGUAUAACGCGGCGUGAAUAUUGUAACGAGCCUAGUGUUGUGAGGUGCAGUGCCGGUCUCCGCGACCGUUUAAUGUGGUAUACAGUGCCCUUGUUAGGUUAUAGCAGGUCGGGCCGCGCGGCGUGAUUAGGCGGCACGAUGGUGGACAUGGAUAGAAACGAUCCGGAACUCCGGUACUUGUCCGUUGAUAGAAAUAGUUUCAAUGACCCGGCGACGCAGGCGGAAUGGACGCAAAAGCGGCUGGUGUGGGUGCCCCACGAGACCCAGGGCUUCGUGGCGGCCGGGAUCAAGGGGGAUAGGGGAGAUGAAGUGGAAGUCGAGAUUGCUGAGUCUGGGAAGAGGAUGUUAGUUCCUAUAGACGACAUCCAGAAGAUGAAUCCGCCCAAGUUUGAUAAAGUGGAGGAUAUGGCAGAACUGACUUGUCUCAAUGAGGCUUCGGUGCUGCAUAACAUCAAGGACAGAUAUUACUCCGGCUUAAUUUAUACAUACUCCGGUCUCUUCUGCGUGGUAGUGAAUCCAUACAAGAGGCUGCCGAUAUAUACAGAGAAGAUCAUGGAGAGGUAUAAGGGCAUCAAACGACACGAGGUGCCGCCACAUGUAUUCGCCAUCACAGAUACAGCCUACCGUUCUAUGUUACAAGAUCGCGAAGAUCAGUCAAUUCUGUGUACGGGCGAGUCAGGUGCGGGCAAAACAGAGAACACCAAAAAGGUGAUACAGUACCUCGCGUACGUCGCCGCUUCAAAACCCAAAGGAUCCGGAGCGGGACCGUCGCCGCAGUUGAUAAUAGGCGAGUUGGAACAACAACUGUUGCAGGCUAAUCCAAUUUUGGAAGCAUUUGGAAAUGCAAAAACUGUCAAAAACGACAACUCCUCAAGAUUUGGCAAAUUUAUUCGAAUAAACUUCGACGCGUCCGGUUUCAUUGCUGGCGCGAAUAUCGAAACGUACUUAUUAGAAAAGUCAAGGGCUAUAAGGCAAGCAAAAGAUGAAAGGACAUUCCAUAUCUUCUACCAGCUUCUAGUCGGUGCAACAGCUCAGCAGAAGGCCGAGUAUAUUCUAGAAGAUCCCAAAAGUUACCCGUUCUUGUCAAAUGCAGCGUUACCCGUACCAGGGAUCGAUGAUGUUGCAGAAUUCCAAGCUACGAUCAAAUCAAUGAAUAUUAUGGGGAUGAAUAUGGAAGAUUUCAAUUCCAUAUUCAGAAUUGUUUCGUCCGUUCUUCUGUUCGGAUCUAUGCAGUUCAAACAGGAAAGAAACUCUGAUCAGGCAACACUGCCUGAUAAUACUGUUGCUCAAAAAAUCGCACAUUUGCUAGGUCUUUCGGUGACGGAAAUGACAAAAGCUUUCCUGAAGCCAAGAAUCAAAGUGGGCCGUGACUUUGUUACCAAAGCCCAAACAAAGGAACAAGUAGAGUUCUCAGUAGAGGCCAUUGGUAAAGCAUGCUACGAGCGUCUGUUCAGAUGGCUCGUAAACAGAAUCAACAGAUCCUUAGACAGAACAAAGAGACAAGGAGCCUCAUUCAUCGGCAUUCUCGAUAUGGCUGGUUUCGAAAUCUUCGACCUGAACUCAUUCGAGCAACUCUGUAUUAAUUAUACAAACGAGAAGCUCCAGCAACUCUUUAACCACACGAUGUUUAUCUUGGAGCAGGAAGAGUACCAGCGAGAAGGAAUUGAGUGGAAGUUCAUCGAUUUUGGACUCGAUUUGCAGCCGACUAUCGACCUCAUCGAUAAGCCCAUGGGUAUCAUGGCGUUGCUGGACGAGGAAUGUUGGUUCCCCAAGGCUACUGACAAAUCCUUCGUAGAGAAAUUGGUUUCUGCUCACUCAGUCCAUCCUAAAUUCAUGAAGACUGACUUCCGUGGUGUAGCCGAUUUCGCUAUUAUCCAUUAUGCGGGUAAAGUCGAUUAUUCCGCGGCACAGUGGCUCAUGAAGAAUAUGGACCCUCUGAACGAAAAUGUAGUAUCACUCCUGCAGAACUCCCAGGAUCCUUUCGUGUGCCAUAUCUGGAAGGAUGCUGAGAUCGUCGGCAUGGCGCAACAAGCGAUGACUGACACACAAUUCGGAGCCCGAACGCGAAAGGGCAUGUUCAGAACAGUGUCACAGUUGUACAAAGAACAGUUGACAAAGUUGAUGGCAACUCUAAGAAAUACGAACCCCAACUUUGUGAGAUGUAUUAUACCUAACCACGAGAAGAAGGCGGGCAAAAUUGAGGCGCCUCUGGUGUUGGACCAGCUGAGAUGCAAUGGUGUACUCGAGGGAAUUAGGAUUUGUAGGCAAGGGUUCCCUAACCGUAUUCCAUUCCAGGAGUUUAGGCAGCGCUACGAGUUGCUGACACCCAACAUCAUACCCAAAGGCUUCAUGGAUGGAAAGAAAGCUUGCGAACAAAUGAUCGAGGCUUUGGAACUGGAUCAUAACCUCUAUCGCGUGGGACAGUCGAAGAUCUUCUUCAGAGCUGGAGUACUUGCACACCUGGAAGAAGAGAGGGACUACAAGAUUACAGACUUGAUAGUGAACUUCCAGGCGUUCUGCCGAGGUUUCCUCGCCAGGAGGAACUACCAGAAGAGAUUACAGCAGUUGAACGCCAUCAGGAUCAUCCAAAGGAAUUGCGCCGCUUACUUGAAGUUGAGGAAUUGGCAGUGGUGGAGAUUGUACAUCAAGGUGAAACCACUGUUGGAAGUGACAAAACAAGAGGAGAAGCUGACACAAAAGGAGGAUGAGCUGCGUCAGAUUCGGGACAAGCUGGAGACGCAGAUGAAAAACUGCCAGGAGUACGAGCAGAAGUACCAGCAGGCUAACGCAGAGAAGACGCAGCUGGCCGAGCAGUUACAGGCUGAGUUGGAGCUGUGCGCGGAGGCUGAGGAGAGUCGAGCUCGUGCUGCAGCUCGCAAGCAGGAGCUGGAGGAACUGCUGCACGACCUGGAGGGUCGCAUCGAAGAGGAGGAAGAAAGGUGCAACGGACUGCAUCAGGAGAAGAAGCGUCUCCAGCUCAAUAUACAGGAUCUAGAGGAGCAGCUGGAGGAAGAGGAAGCUGCCCGGCAGAAACUGCAGCUGGAGCGCGUGCAGUGCGACUCCAAGCUCAAGAAGCUGGAAGAGGAUCUGGCGCUCAGUGACGACACCAACCAGAAACUUAUCAAGGAAAAGAAGAUCUUGGAAGAGAGAGCAAACGAUCUUUCACAAGCAUUAGCUGAAGAGGAAGAGAAAGCUAAGCAUCUGAGCAAAUUGAAGGCCAAACAGGAGUCCGCCAUCGCUGAGUUAGAAGAGAAGUUGCUCAAGGAUCACCAACUGCGCCAAGAAGUGGAUAGAGCGAAGAGGAAAGUGGAGACAGAGUUGCAAGAUGUGAAGGAACAGCUCGGUGAAAGGAAGGCUCAGCUCGAGGAGCUGCAGAUUGUCCUCAGCAAGCGCGAGGAGGAGCUGGCGGCGGCGGCGGCGCGCGCGGACGAGGAGGGGGCGCUGCGGGCGGCCGCGCAGAAGGCGGCGCGGGAGGCCGAGUCGGCGCUGGCCGACGCGCACGAGGACCUGGAGGCCGAGCGCGCCGCCCGCACCAAGGCCGAGAAGCUGCGCCGCGACCUCAACGAGGAGCUGGAGGCGCUCAAGUCGGAGCUGCUGGACUCGCUCGACACCACCGCCGCACAACAAGAGCUCAGAUCGAAACGAGAACAAGAGGUGGCGGUGCUCAAGCGCAGUUUAGAGGAGGAGGCGGCUUCACACGAGGCCACGCUGGCAGACCAGCGACACAAGCACUCCCAAGAGCUGCAGCAGCUCAACGAGCAGCACGAACAGAUCAAGAAGGCCAAAGCAGCGCUGGAGAAGGCGAAAGCGACGCUGGAGGCGGAGAACGCGGAUCUGGCGACAGAACUGAAGACAGCUGGAGCGGCGCGGGCGGACGGCGAGCGGCGCCGCAAGCAGGCCGAGGCGCAGCUCGCGGACCUCGCCGCCAAGCUGCAGGACGUGGACCGCGCCAGAACGGAAGUACAAGAGAAGUGCGCGAGACUUCAGAACGAAGCGGAACAGGCGCUGGCUCAGUUGGAGCAGGCGGAAUUGAAGGCGUCCGCCGCCCACAAGCAGGCGGCCACCAUCGGCGCACAGCAUACGGAGACCCAGGCUCUUCUUGAAGAGGAGACGAAGCAGAAGUUGUCUCUGCAGACGAAGCUUCGCAACGUGGAACAGCAGCUGGAACAGGCGCGUGACCAGCUCGAGGAGGUGGAGGAGUCCAAGCGGAACCUCGACAAACAGGUUGUAGCGUUGACACAACAAGUGGCAGAUGCAAAGAAGAAGGCAGAAGAAGAAGCGGAGGUGACCGCCGCUCUCGAAGAACAGCGCAAGAAGUUGAGCAAAGAUGUGGAGGCGUUGUACCGGCAGAUCGAUGAACUGCAGCAGGCCAACGACAAACUUGACAAAAGCAAAAAGAAGAUUCAGGCUGAACUCGAGGAUGCCAACAUCGACUUGGAAGCUCAACGCGCCAAGGUUAUGGAACUGGAGAAGAAGCAGAAGAGCUUCGAUAAGGUGGUGUCAGAGGAGCGCGCAGUAGCGGAGCGGUACGCGGCCGAGCGUGACGCCGCCGAGCGUGACGCGCGGGACAAGGAGACGCGCGUCCUCUCGCUCACACGAGACCUCGACGAAGCGGCGGAGAAGGUUGAGGAGUUGGAGCGCACGAAGCGUCUCCUCCAAUCGGAGCUGGAUGAGCUUGCCAACACGCAAGGAACAGCCGACAAGAAUGUCCACGAGCUGGAGAAGGCCAAACGAGCGUUGGAGUCACAGCUUGCAGAACUUAAAGCACAGAACGAGGAGAUAGAAGACGACCUGCAGCUGACAGAAGAUGCCAAGUUGAGGCUUGAGGUCAAUAUGCAGGCGAUGCGCGCGCAGUUCGAACGGGACCUGCAGGCCAAGGAGGAACAGGGAGAGGAGAAACGGCGCGGCAUCGUGAAGCAGCUGCGGGACCUGGAGGCAGAGCUGGAGGAGGAACGCAAGCAGCGCGCCGCCGCCCUCGCGCAGCGGAAGAAGCUGGAGGCAGACCUCAAGGACGCCGAGCAGGCGCUGCACCUCGCCAACAAGGUGAAGGAGGACAGCACGAAGCAGGUGAAGAAGCUGCAGCAGCAGCUCAAGGAGGCGCUGCGCGAGGCCGAGGAGGCGCGCGCCGGCCGCGAGGAGGCCGCCGCCGCCGCGCGCGACGCCGACAGGCGCCUCAAGGCGCUGGAGGCGGAGGCGCUGCAGCACGCGGAGGAGGUGGCGGCCGCGGAGCGCGCGCGGCGACAGGCCGAGGCCGAGCGGGACGACCUCCUCGACGAACUCAACAACGCCGCCGCCAAGGGCACACUUCUCGUGGACGAGAAGAAACGCCUGGAGGCGAGGAUAGCGGCGCUCGAGGAGGACCUGGACGAGGAACAGUCCAACAACGAGAUCAACAGCGACAGACUCAGGAAAGCGCAGAUGCAGAUCGACCAAGUGACAAUAGAGCUGGGCACAGAGAAGUCUGCGACACAGAAACUGGAGAGCAGCAAGCUGGUGCUGGAGCGGCAGAACAAGGAGCUGAAGGCCAAGCUCGCCGAGCUGGAGACGGCGGCGCGCACCAAGACCAAGGGCGUGAUCACAUCUCUAGAGCUGAAGGUGGCGAACUUGGAGGAGCAGCUCGAGGCGGAGUCUCGCGAGCGUCUCGCGCAGCAGAAGGCGUCGCGGAAACUCGACAAGAAGAUGAAGGAGCUCGCCCUCCAGCUGGAUGAAGAACGUCGCCAUGCUGACCAGUACAAGGAGCAGAUUGAAAAGAUGAACGUGCGCGUCAAGGCGCUGAAGCGUCAACUGGACGAGUCUGAAGAGGAGGUCCAGCGAGAGAAGGUCGGCAAGAGGAAGGCUCAACGCGAGCUGGAGGACCUCAUCGAGACGCACGAGACGCUCACGCGCGAGUGCAACAACCUAAGGAACAAGCUCAGACGACAAGGCGGGCCGAUCGGUCUGUCGAGCGGUUCGUCCUCGUCGCGCAUGAAGCGGACCAGCCUCGCCCCCGGCGGCGGCUCCGGGGACGAGUCCUUCGACGACGUCAACGACACCACCAACAGCGUCGAGUGAACACCACCCCCGCACCCCCGCACCCCCACACCC